AUGAGUGGUCGCAACCCUUACGGCAACGGAUACGGAUACCCUUCCGAUUCUGGACGCUUAGACAAUGGGGGAUAUGGCAGCGCGAGCAAUCUAAGUGUGAAUGGGUACGGAGCAGGGAGUGGUGCUGGAGGGGGGGGAGGUAGAGACCGUGACCGUCGCCCUGGGGGUUACGGUGGCUUUUACAAUGACGAGUCGCUGCAGCCUCCAGCAGGGCGAUCGCCGCCUGGAUCCCGCGGACGUGAUCGAGAUCCUGACAGGGAAUAUGGGCGUGGUCGGCCGGAUUGGGAUCGUCCCCAGACUGCCUCCUCUUCGCGAUCGCGGCCACGUGAGAAUACUGGCGGCAGACGGCGGCCUGAAGGCGGCGAUGGUGAAUAUUUGAGGCCUUUGCCAACAAGCCGUUCGGAUGGAGUGAAUGGGGCGCGUGCGCCCCAAUCAAUUGAAGGUGGCACCGUAGAUAUUCUUCAGAACGUCCAGCGCAACUGGGAUUUCAUGAAAACGGAAGACUGUAUACCUGUUCAAGUAGCACUACAGUUGAUGGACAACAGCACGCUUGGAAAAGCGGACCGGGAGCCUGAGUUUCUACAGACACAAAAGCAGAUUCAACGAACAUUGAAGAGCAUUGUCAACGAACAUCACCAGGGAUUCAACAGUUCAAUCGGUACCUAUCAUAAGAUACAAUCCAGUAUUCAUAGCUCGCAGAACCGUGUCCGCGCGCUACGAAAUUCUCUCGAGGAGGCGAAAUCUGGCCUGAUCACGACGAAGCCAGAGCUACAAGGACUAGCAACGUCAUCACAGGACUACGAUGAUGUUUUGCAAUUGUUCAACCACAUUCAAGAGAUCCAAUUACUCCCAGAAAAGCUGGAGCAGAGGAUAUCUGACAAACGAUUCCUGGCGGCUGUUAAUAUUCUUCACGAAGGGCUACGCUUAAUGCGUCGGUCCGAUUUUGAAAAUAUUGGCGCCCUUGCUGAUUUGCGCUCUUAUUUUUCAAAUCAAGAAACAUCUCUUACUGACAUUCUCAUUGAAGAGCUCCAUGAUCACUUAUACCUUAAGUCUCCUUACUGCCAGGAUCGCUGGAAGACCCCUGCGACUGAAGGCGACGGUACUAUUAACGGCAAAGCAGCGACUUGGGAAAGACCAGUACACGGCUUCCUCGCAAAUCUCGAUACAUCUAAUUCCAUGGUAGAAGAUGCAUCUCGCAACCCGGAGGCCGAUACCUUCUACUAUAUUCGAGUCAUCAUCGAAGCUCUGAAUAGAAUGGGGAACCUAGAAGUUGCCGUUGACCGGAUUGAGCAGAGACUGCCCGUGGAGUUGUUUGCUGUAGUGGACAAGACCAGUGCUGAAGUGGAUACUCGUCACCCAAAUUUAGCACGAGGUCUUUUGUUAAGGGACAGCAAGACUGGAUUACCAACAGAAAUUAAUGAAGAGCGGGGACACGUGUUGACCGAAUUUCUGUGGAAUUUGUACGCCAAGUUUGAAGCUAUUGCGGAGGGUCAUCGUGUUGUUCAUGACGUGAUAAUCGGGAUUGUCGAGCGCGAAGGCUUAGACAAGAGUGGCUUGGCUGAUGGGUUUAAAGAGCUGUGGAAACUAUAUCAAAGCGAAAUUCGCUCCCUUCUGCACGACUAUCUGGCUACAGACGGCGACGACUCUUACCGAACAGCUCCUCGCCAGGCAGAAAUGAAACGCAACUUUUCACUGAACCAAAGAGACAGAACAAAGAAAAUGUUCAAAAUGUCAGACGUCGAUCAAAAAUCGAGCGAUAUGAAGACAGAGCGAGAAGAACUGGAUGAGAUAUUAAGGUCUUCAGUUCCUGGCCUCGUGACAAAAUCUUCGCAGAAAUCCACUGCAGACGGCGCAUCUCAGUCGAACCAAGGAAAUUCAGGCACUGGUCACAAGCUUCUAAUCGAGCCAAGUGUCUUUAACAUGGGCUUAUUGCUUCCUCCGUCCCUGACUUUCAUCCAACGGCUUAAAGAAAUCGUUCCGAAGGAAUCAGAAAUUGUAAUGAGCACGUUGACCUCUUUCUUGGAUGAUUUCUUGGUCAAUGUCUUUCAACCUCAGCUGGAUGAGGCUGUUACAGAUCUUUGCGCGUUGACUUUUAUUGCGGCGGAUGCCUUUGCAGAAGACCCCAAUUGGGCUGCUGUAUCGCCCAAGCCAAUUUUCAAGGGAACUAUAAACUUCAUGCUGUUAGUCAAAGCAUUUAGCAAAAUGCUUGACAGCAUCCCACACGAUCAGAUGUUCACUCAAUUGGUACUUAGCCAAAUCGUGACUUACUACGACAAAUGCUGUGGUUGGUACAAAGCGCUGGUUACGCGGGUAUCAACUCAGCUUACGGGAGGUAUGCGAUUGAAAGCUUCUGCGUCCUUUGCGGACGUGGGUGAAGUCCAUGAGACAGUCAAGAAACUCUUAAAUGGCCAUGGAGACAAGAAACAACUUAUUGAUAGGGAAACUGAAUUACUGAUCCAAGAAACAAAUGUGACCCCAUUGGAUCAGUAUGAUUUAAUAUCUGAUCCAAAGAAUGUGGUGGCCUUGACUUUAUUACACAAUAGCUUGCAAUGGCUUGCAAGUCACCUAUCGAAACUUAGAUUUAUCACCAAAACGUCGGUUGACUCGAGUCGGCGAGAGUCAAAGCGUAUGACACAUGCUCGUCGGUGGACUCUGAUUAGCUCAUUGAAGCCGAGACGUGAUAGUGUCAGCCAACCUGUGUACCUUCCUAUGAAUAACGAGACAGUCAUCAUAUUUGACAACACCUUACAAUCCUUGCGAAGUCUUGCUGCUACUGCGCUGCUCACAUUGCACAUUGAUAUCAGAUGCAAUGCGAUCCACAUCCUUACGAAGACAAUGGCUGGGGCUUCAAACCCACUAGGAUCGGCGGAGACAUCGGGUUCCAACAAUAACAGUUGGCAUUUAAUUCUCCCUAAUCCCCCUUCAGCUGCUUCUCAGCCAGUUCUAGAGUUUAACAACGAACUUAUUGCGUUUGACACCAAUCUUUCUUCAUACUUAGCGCCGAAUGAGCGCCGAUUCAUCACCUCCGGCCUGGCAAGGUUUAUCGACCAAGUCUUUGUUUCUUGUACACGAUACAUUGGAGUAAUGAACCAUAACGGGGCUCUUAGACUACAACUUGAUGUGCUUGUACUGCAGCAAAACCUCAAGAAUGUCAUAAUCGACGAUGCCUCGACAAACGACAAGAAGAGCACCGAUGAUCAAGAACCGUCAGAAGUUGUAGCACUUCCGCGCAGUGCCAAGUUCCUUGAUUGGUUUAUCGAAGGGCCUCAGAAAGCACUCGACUACGCUAAGGAAGAGAAAGAGCUGUUUGCAGCCCAGGGCGACAAGGCUCUUGCUGCGGGUAACGGCGAACCGUUCACGUAUGAGGAGCUACGAGUUCUUGUUGAGCUCUGCUUUUCGGAAAUUAUGCGUGGUCCUCGAGCAGGGCAGAAUCGGGAGGACUUUAUGGCGGCGAAACGAAGUAACGGCGACGCGAUGCUGCGGUUGAGUGAGGUGAUGUGGGAUUCUAAAUAG